AUGGCGCUAUCGUCGCUUUAAUGUACUCCAUGCCGAAGAUAACCUUAUUUUAAAUUAAGAAGUUUGACGAAAUCAGAGGUUGAUAAUCUCAUACAAGGUAGUUGAUAAUAUAUCAUAAUUAAUAACACCGAUAAAUAUGUCAAUACCACGUGGAGCAUUGAUUGUUUUUGAAGGCUGCGAUCGGGCUGGAAAAUCUACGCAGGUUAAAAUGUUAGUCGAUGCUCUAAGAAAACAUAACAUUCCUGUAGAACGCGAAUCAUUUCCUAAUCGAACAACUCCUAUCGGGUUAAUGAUAAACGACUUUUUAACGAAAAAACAGGAAUAUCCACCGGAAACGAUGCAUCUUCUAUUUUCUGCAAAUAGGUGGGAAUUGAAAGAUAAGAUUUUGAGAACUUUGAACAGUGGAACUACUCUCAUUAUUGAUAGGUAUGCUGCAUCAGGUGCAGCUUAUACUGCAGCUACAACAAAAAGAAAUUUAGCCUGGUGUAGAGAACCCGACAGAGGUUUGCCCGAUCCGGAUAUAGUAAUAUUUCUAGAUAUUUCGGACGGGACGCAACGUAAGCGUAGUAAUUGGGGAGAAGAGCGAUUUGAAAAUACCAAUCUUCAACAAUCCGUGGCAUCGAACUAUAAGAAAUUAGUAGGCAGCACAUGGAAUGUAAUCAAUGCUGACGAAGAGCCAUCACUGAUACAUACCGAAAUAUUAGAGAAAGUUUUAGAUACCAUACACAAGGCAAAGUAUUCGCCAAUAAAUGAAUUGUAUAACACAUAAUUGGGACUAUGCCAUUUUGUUUUGUUAUUAAGUCAUUACAGUAUUAUUAAUGUUAUUGCCAUGCACAUUUUAUCUAAGUGUUAAAAAACGGUUAAAAAAUAGUCUCGAUGUUAAUUCCUAUUUUAUUUUUUACGAUUUGUAAUAUUUUUCAAUAAAUCGAAUACGAAGGAAAAAGAUCA